AUGGUUGAUCUGGCCGGCGAAAUGAACGACGCUGACCUUAAGAAGCAUCUGAUCAGCACAGACAUCAAGGAGUUGUGCGACGAAGUGGGCAGGUUUCGCAUCAGCUGGUUGUUGCAAAGCAAAGAGGACGCGGAUGUUGCUGUCACAAUAACAGCUGGUGCUGGCGGAGUGGAUAGCUGCGACUGGACACAGAUGCUGGCCGGAAUGUAUUCUAGGUGGGCUGCCAGCAAAAAGUUUAAAUUUGCAUUUAUAUCGACCACCGACGGCGAUCCAGCGGGCUACGUGAACGCUACGUUCACAAUCACCGGUGCUUUUGUAUACAGCUGGCUUCAAGGCGAAACGGGUGUGCACCGCCUUGUCCGCAUCUCUCCGUUUGACAGCAAGGGCAAGCGACACACCUCAUUUGCCUCGGUGCUGGUGUAUCCGCUGGCCAAAAUCCAGCCUGGAGUCGGCAGUCCUAGAGGCAAUAAAGUUGCAGACAUACCGGAAAAAGAUAUCCGUAUCGACACGUUCAAGUCCAGCGGACCUGGUGGCCAGCAUGUCAACAAGACUGAGAGCGCUGUCAGGGUCACGCACAUGCCAACUGGCAUUGUAGUCGAGUGCAAAACUGGGCGGUCUCAGAUCCAAAACAAGGCAGUGUGCAUGGGUUUGUUGUGCGCACGACUGAAGAAAAUGGAAAAUGACAAGAAGCAGCAGCUCAAGGCCGACGAGCGCGAACGUUUGCCAGAGAAUGCCUGGGGAUCGCAAGUGCGCUCUUAUGUGCUGCAGCCGUACCAGUUGGUCAAGGAUAACCGUAGCGGUUACUCAACAUCUCAGAUAAGCGCGGUGCUCAAGGGCAACAUUGACGAGUUUCUAGUUGCCCAGUUAAACAUGGACAAAAAUGGACAAAAAUGUAGUCUAUAA